UUACUAUUUCUUGCAUUUGCGGCGUUUGAUCCUCUUCUCUUUUCCCGUCUCCAGGUGAUUCUAGUGAACUAGGGUUUGAAAUCAAUUGAGAUAACCCCGCGCCUCCUCUCUCUGUGGGUGGAGUUUUUGGAUUUGGUGUAUGGCGUGAAAGCCAUAGAAAGGCAUGCUUUCUGUGGUCUGACUCGUAUGUUUUAAGUUGGCAGGGUUUCGGGUUUUUUGGCAUCUGAUAUCAGUGAUGAACCAGAAUGAUAAACUUGACAGAAGAUCAGAUGCGUUAGAAGAAUCUGUAAAGAAUGACGGGGUUCCUGAAACCGGUACUGGUAAUCCCAACGAUAAGUCUUCGAACCUUCAAGUGACCAACGAAGUUCAGAAUUUUUCGUCCGAGCCUGGUUCGGGAGAUGCGGCUAGCGAUGGUGAUAAUAGGCUUUCCCGAAAUGUGAAAUCUGAGAAGUCAGCAGUCAGUUCGAUGGAAGAGUUUAGGGUUAGGGUUCGUUCAGACGGUGAUGAUGGGGGAUCUAUGGUCUCUCCGGCUAAGCAGGCAUCUACCGUUGAUCGGUUUGACGAUUCUCUCGCUGGACGCGAGGCUCAGAAUGAGCAAUUUAAGGAUCACACGGAUUGGUCUCAUGCUCGACACGAUCGAGAAGAGCAUAUAAAUAGCAGACAAGCGGAUUCAGAGAGGUUUGUUGGUUCUGAGAGCAAAUCUCUGUUAUCUGAGUUUGAUGAUUACGUUGCUGCUGAAAGAAAUGGCGCAGUGAGAGCUGGAGUGUCAAGGGGUGUGGGAUAUGGGUUUGAAGUGGGUGAUAUGGUGUGGGGAAAGGUGAAAUCCCAUCCUUGGUGGCCGGGACACAUAUAUAAUGAAGCUUUUGCGUCUCCUCUAGUACGUCGAUCGAAGAGAGAAGGCCAUGUGUUGGUGGCUUUCUUUGGUGACAGCAGUUAUGGUUGGUUUGAGCCAGCUGAGCUUAUUCCAUUUGAUUCAAAUUUUGCUGAGAAAUCACAGCAGAUACAAUCGAGAACAUUUUUGAAGGCCGUGGAAGAGGCAGUUGAUGAAGCAAGCAGGAGAUGUGGCCUGGGCUUGGCUUGUAAAUGCAGGAACGCCAGCAACUUCCGUCCCACGAAUGUUCAAGGGUACUUUUCUGUCGAUGUGCAGGACUAUGAACCGGGGGGAGUCUAUUCUGAUAGUCAGAUCAGGGGGGCAAGGAAUAGUUUUAAGCCUGUUGAAACUCUUGCUUUUGUGAAGCAGCUGGCCUUGGCUCCCCUUGGUGGCGAUCAAAGAAGCAUUAGCUUUGUUAAGAAUAGGGCUACAGCUUUUGCCUAUCGGAGGGCAGUGUUUGAGCAAUAUGAUGAGACAUAUGCGCAGGCUUUUGGAGUGCAGCCACAGCGGCCUUCUCACUCUCAGGUUAAUCCACUAAAUCAACCUGGGAGGGAGCCUCCUAAAGCCCCUUUGAGUGGUCCACUGGUGAUGCCGGAAACUUUAGGUGGGAGGAAGAAUUCUGCAAAAUAUGGGAAAGUUAAGGACAGUUCAAAGAAGGAUAGGUACCUUUUCAAGCGGAGAGAUGAGCCCACAAACUCUGUUCAGUUAGCUUACAAAGAGGAGGCACCUGAUGCAGCUGGCCGUUAUGUACUUCAGAAAAGGUCGCCACCCGUGUCCAUGGCACCUCAAAUUUUGGACAAAUAUGAAAAAACAGGGUUCACAUGCCAGGGUGGUGCAAAUUCAAAUUUAGAUCUUAAAGAAGCCGUGGCUGGUCAGGCUCAACUUGGCAAUGAUCUUACAUCCCAAUCUGUAUAUGCAGAUGUGAAGCCGACUCUUGAGAAGGGAAAGGAGGAGGUUUCUCCAGAAAUGGUCAGAAGUUUUGAGAAGGAUGUCGCUAGCAAAGGCAUUGGUGUGUUGGAUUUGUCUAGGGAGACUGUAGUGCCAAGCCUCAUUAGUGAGGCAUCUCACCCUUCUCAUUUGGAAGGUGAAACUUCUCUUAAUGUUAAACAUGAAGGGAAUGUAAAGCUCUCAAGACCACCUGAUGAAUCUCAGCCAUCAUAUCAGGGAAUUAAGACUGCAGCUGAAGCAGGGAAUGGCCCAAGUCAAGCGAAGGGGAUUCCCCCAAUUGAAGCAAAGCAUCCCACAGUCAAUGAUGAUGGUAUGUUGAAGAAGGUGAAAGUCCAUAAGCGACCUGCAGAUGGCUUGCACUCUGAGCAUUCUGCUAUUGGGGAGAAGAAGAAAAAGAAAAAGAAAAAGGACCCAAGUUCAGGAACAACCUCUGUCCAUGCGGAGAAACAUUCAAUGUCUGGGAAAGUUGCACCUCUGUCUGGAAAACUGAUGGGAAAACCAGUUUCUGUUGGGUUGCCUCCUAGAGAGGAAGUUCAGGUAGAACAAGCACAGGUGGAUGUUAAUGCCAGUAAUUUGCUUCCUUUGGAUGGCACAGGUGAAGUUAAUUAUGAAUUACCUCAGCUUUUGGGUGAUCUGCAAGCUCUUGCUUUAGAUCCUUUUCAUGGUGUUGAAAGAAAGACCCCUGCAAUUGUUAGACAGUUUUUUCUGCGGUUCAGAUCUCUUGUUUACCAGAAAAGCUUGGCUUCUGCACCUGCAACAGAUAAUGAAUCUGCUGACAUUCGCCAUGCUUCGCCAUUUGUAAAAUCUGACAGUCCUCUUGAUGAUCGUGUCAGAGCUUCACCACUUGUAAAACCUGUAAAAAACAUUGUUCGGCCACAUGAUCCGACGAAAGCUGGGCGGAAAAGGACUCCUUCUGAUCGUCAAGAAGAAAUUGCUGCAAAGAGAUUAAAGAAAAUCAAGGAUAUUAAGGCUCUGGCUGCAGAGAAAAAGGUGGGCAGUCAGAAAACUUUUGAAGCCCGGCGAGGAGAGGGAAAAGAGUCCUUGGUUUCCACUGCACCCAAAUUAGUGAAACCAGAUACAAUAAAGAAGAAAGUGGAAUCUCCGCCUAAGGCAAUUGAACCCACCAUGCUGGUGAUCAAGUUUCCUCCCCAGACUUCACUCCCUUCUGUUGCAGAGCUGAAGGCAAGGUUUGCUCGAUUUGGGCCUAUAGAUCAAUCAGGUCUCCGUGUCUUUUGGACGACUUCGACAUGUCGUGUUGUGUUCUUGCGUAAGAAUGAUGCUCAAGCUGCAUAUAAAUAUGCUGUAGGCAACAAUUCCUUGUUUGGCAAUGUGGCUGUGAGGUGCCACCUCCGGAAAUUAGGGGAUUCUGCAGCUGAAGACGAAACUGCCAAAGUAAGGGGAGAUGAUGGCACUAGUUUGACUCCUCGUGCAAAGGAUCCUGCAGUGGUUCAGAGGCAAACAUCAGUGUCCUCUCAGCAACCUUUUCCACAGCCAACGAUCCAGCUUAAAUCUUGUCUGAAGAAAUCCUCUGGUGAUGAGUCAGGCCAGGUAAAUGGUAAUGGAGGUAGUAAUAAAGGGACUCCACGUGUAAAAUUCAUGUUAGGCGGGGAUGAAAGUAGUAGGGGAGAGCAAUUAGCGUUGAGUGAUAGGAACAACUUCAACAGUGCUAGUUUGGCAGAUGGUGGUGCACCUUCUUCUGUUGCAAUGGAUUUUAAUAGUAAGAACGUUCAAAAGGUCGUUACUCAACCACCGUUGCCUAUUCCUCCCUUUCCAACCCAGUAUACGAAAGUCCCCCAACAUAAUUUGCAUAAUUCGGAAAUGGCACCCAGAAAUACUUCCAAUAUUAUAAACACAACUGCAUCUGUUGCUGCUAAUACAGUUGAUAUAUCACAGCAGAUGAUAAGCCUCUUGACUAGGUGCAACGACGUUGUGACCAACUUGACGGGUUUGUUAGGCUAUGUGCCUUAUCAUCCACUUUGAUAAAAUGGCACUAUAUUCAACGGAUACACCUAAUUGAAGAUAAAUACGAGCGAGUUUGAUUGUGGACGAAUUCCCCUGGCGAUGGGAAAAGCAACAAAUACUAUCAUGGCCAAAGAUGUGGGGGGGUCCUGUAUUUGGGGCCGAGAGCGAGCUGUUCGUGAGUGAUGCUUAUCUGAGCUUUUUGGGCUCGACAAUGUAAAUGUACUCAGCAUGACAGUGAAAUCCUGUUUGCUUUCUUCUGCCUCUUUUUCCCACUUGAUUUUCUUAUAUACCCUAUGCUAUUUGGGGCUUCCGUUCGCCGUGGUUUGUCUUGAUUCGUUGAUCCUGACGAUGACAUGUUGCAAUAGCCUGUGAUGGUUUUCCUAGUAGUGAUGGUUUUCCUA